GACCAAAGAACUCAUUUUCUUCUCGCCCUAAAGCAGAGUUUCAUUAAUGGUUCCCUCCCAUUCUCCGCCCGCGUUUUGACGCCUUCUUUAAAUCGGCUCUCCAGCAAUUUAUCAUUCAAACUCUUACCAGAAUCAAAUGGCGAAUAGCAGAAAAAAGGUUGCAGAAGACCAAAGCUUAAAAGAUAGAAUCAGUGGUCUGCCACACAAUGUUAUUGAUUGUAUUCUGACCCACUUGCCUAUUCAAUAUGCUGCAAGAACUAGUGUUUUAUCAAGAAAAUGGAGGUACAUCUGGGCCACAUGCUCAGAGAUUGUGCUUGAUAAAGACUUUUACAUCUUCAUAGACAGAAGGAGAUCUUAUUUGCACACGGUGCAAUUUGCAGAAGUUGUGAUUCUAAUUCUCUUGCAACAUCUUGGGCCCGUUCGGAAGUUUUAUAUUGAGGCUUCACUAUCGGAUAUACAUUUCAUGAAUCUGGAUCAAUGGGUUCUGUUUGUGUCUAGGAAUGGUGUGGAGGAACUGACACUUAGGCCAUCUUCUAUAGGUUAUAAAUUGCCUUCUCACAUUUUUGAAUUUGUUUCUAAACAAGAACGGGAUGUUACACUGUCUGGAAAUUACUCCCUUCAAGACAUUAUUCCAGAUCUUAUCAGCAGUUGGCCAGGAGUUGUUCAGCUCCAGCUAAAUGGGUAUCUACGCCAGAAUAUGGAUGUUCUCAAUAAGAGUUUAAGAUGGUCAUCCUUCGCACCUGAUGACGACCAUUCGAAGCCGAUAUAUAUUACCUACCUUUUGACCUCGCUCUCCUUGCUGAAUGUGAAUUUGAACAAUAAGUGGCAGAUAUCGCAGGCCAUGUGGUUGCUUGCAAAUAGUACCAGUCUGAAAUUCGCAACAAUUGCUACAAAGGCAUCAGUCCCAAAUCACUCUGCAGUGGAGGACAAUGCGAUAAAUUUGGAAUUGCCAGUGGCGGUGAACACGAUGGGAAUGUCCAGUCUAGAAGUUUUGGAGAUAACAGAGAUUUCGGGGUCAAGAGCCGAAAUGUUUUUUCUCAAGGAGGUACUCGCUUCAGCCUCGUCCCUGCGUGAAGUUUCUAUAGGGAUUGCAAAAUGCGACGCCACAGUGGAGCUGAGGAUUUCAAAGGAACUAUUGCAGUUUCCUCGAGCAUCCACAAAAGCUGAAGUGAAACUGUUUGGCGUGGCCGACAACCCCUCAAGUACAAUUCGCUUUCCCUAGUAGAGUCAUGACUGGUUUUGGGUUGCCUUGAACUGGACAUCUUUUUGCCUUGAUAUAUAACAAGUUUUUGGGAAUCACACUCUUGCCUAGUAUAUUCAUGGCUGGUUUUUUAUUGCCUUGAAUUGGACAUCUUUUAAGUUUUGGUUGACUAUAUACAUUGACCUAUACCAAGAUCUUUGGAGUCACAUGCUUGCCCAGAGUUAUAUAUACAGUAUGUGUUAUAUACAUUGAUCCUAACCUUUUUAUACCCACAAGAAAACAAUUGAAAUACUAUAAAAUUACUGCAUCAAAAGUAAAGAGGGUAGGCCUUU